UUUAAGCGCGCUUGAAUGACCCUCCAGUCUGGGGUGUUGCCAUCUCAUUCAUCUAGAAACCUCCAUCGCUACGAGAAGCACUGGUAUAUUUCCUUUAUCACAUCUACCUAACUUCCUAAACAUGUCUUACUGUAAAGUAAUACCCGCUGUGGCCAGAGUAAAGCCGGCUCAUUUGUUUGGCGCGAGGCUUCGCUCCACAGCAGCAGCAUCCACGCAGCACAAAGAGCUGAAGAGCGACGACGCGCCGCUGGAUCCGUCCUGCGCUGUAGUGGAGAAGCCCUGCGAGGUGGAUCUCAUCAGCCGCAAAGCGCACACGGAGCGCCAGAGGAUCUCCAUCGACUUCGACAACACACAAGAAGCCUACAAGAGCAAAGACACGCUGGAGCUCCUCAGGAGUCUGCUGGUCUUCAAACUCUGCACCUUUGACUUCCUGGUUGACAAAAAUAAAGAGUUGAUGGACCUCAGCAAGAAGGUUUUUGGUCAACGGCUCUUCGAGAAACUGAUGAAAAUGACCUUCUACGGCCAGUUUGUGGCAGGCGAGGACCAGAACACCAUCAAACCUCUGAUCGAGAAGAACCAGGCGUUUGGCGUGGGUUCGGUUCUGGACUACAGCGUGGAGGAGGACCUGACUCAAGAAGAGGCUGAGAAGAAGGAGAUGGACUCCUGUGUUUCUGAGGCUGAGAAAGAGAGUCAUGUGGACACCAGUGCAUGCUUGCUUCAGGACAAUGAGUGUAUGGAUCAUCGUGAGAAGAAGUACAAAGCUCAUCGUCAGUUCGGAGAUCGGCGUGGAGGAGUGAUCAGCGCUCGCACGUAUUUCUACGCGGACGAGGCCAAGUGUGACCAUCACAUGGAGACUUUCAUCAACUGCAUCAAAGCUUCCGCUGGAAGCUCUGUGGAUGGAUUCUCGGCCAUUAAGAUGACGGCACUGGGCCGGCCGCAGUUCCUGCUGCAGUUCUCCGAGGUGCUGGUGAAGUGGAGGAGGUUCUUCAAUCUGUUGGCGGCUCAUCAGGGGAAGGACGGCAUGGCGAUACUCGAGCAGAAGCUGGAGCUCGAACAACUGCAGGACAGUUUGAUCAAACUGGGAGUUGGUGCAAAAUCAGACAUUGAGAACUGGUUUACUGGAGAGAAACUGGGUUCAUCAGGAACCAUUGAUCUGUUGGACUGGAACAGCCUCAUCAAUGACACAACCAAGAUCUCCAACCUGCUGGUGGUGCCCAACAUGGAGAGCGGUCACCUGGAGCCUCUGUUGAGCAAAUUCACUGAUGAAGAGGAGAAACAGAUGAAGAGGAUGCUACAGAGAAUGGACGUCCUCGCCAAGCACGCUGUGGAGAACGGCGUGAGGCUGAUGGUGGACGCAGAGCAGACGUAUUUCCAGCCGGCCAUCAGCAGACUCACGCUGGAGAUGCAGAGGAUCUUCAACAGAGAAAAACCCAACAUCUUCAACACCUACCAGUGCUACCUGAGAGAGGCGUAUGAUAACGUGUCGGUGGAUGUGGAGCUGUCGCGGCGGGAGGGCUGGUACUUCGGUGCGAAGCUGGUCAGAGGAGCGUACAUGUGUCAGGAGAGAUCUCGCGCGGCAGAGAUCGGAUAUGAAGAUCCCAUCAACCCUGACUAUGAGGCCACCAACAGGAUGUACCACAAGUGUCUGGAGUACAUUCUGGAGGAGAUCAACCACAACAGGAUGGCAAACGUCAUGGUGGCGUCUCACAACGAGGACACGGUCAAAUUCACGCUGGAAAAAAUGAACGAGACGAGUCUCUCUCCCACUGAGAAUAAGGUUUACUUUGGACAGCUGCUGGGGAUGUGUGAUCAGAUCAGCUUCCCGUUGGGUCAGGCGGGAUUCCCGGUGUACAAGUAUGUGCCGUACGGCCCGGUGAACGAGGUCAUCCCGUACCUGUCGCGCCGAGCGCAGGAGAACCGCGGCUUCAUGAAGGGUUCACAGAGGGAGCGCAGCCUGCUGUGGAAGGAGCUCAAGCGCAGACUCUUCAGUGGACAGCUGCUCUACAAACCUGCCUACUAAACCACAACAUCAACAUCAGCCGCAUUCAACAGAUGGACCUCUUUCCCUACCGCAGAGCAUGACCAUGUUAGUGUGGGAAAAUCAUCACAACAUGGACAUUUGAUAGGUUUUAUAGUUUGUCAUCAGUGGUUGUGUAAAAUAAACUAAACUGAGUUAAAGACAUCAUGAAACUGCAUUUGCAAUGCCUUUAACUUCUGCAAUGUGACGGGAAACAGAAAGUGAAACAAUGGAAGUUAAUCUGAUGAAAAGCAAACCUUUAGAAAUAAUAUAUUGUUUUUAGAUAGAUAGAUAGUUAUUUUUUCCAAUGAAAAACAGACAUUUAAAAAUA